AUGGUGGACAAAGCUUGGCGAAACAGUAAGAUAAUCAUGUGCCUGAAGAAUGGAAUAAGCACAUCGUCAGCCGUGGCGAUUGCAAAUUUUGGUGUUAAAGAAGUUGAAACAAAAAUAAAGAGUAUUAGAUCAACAUAUGCGCAAGAAUUGAAAAAAAUUAAAGAUUCAUCAAAAUGUGGGUCUGGCACUGAUGACAUUUACAAGCCAACUAUAAAAUGGUUUGAUAUGUUACAUCAAGCAUUAAAUUCGGUGACUAUUAGUGUAUCGAGAAAAAAACACAGGUUGAUGGGAAUAGGCCUUUCAAAAACUCUGAAUCAACACGAGUUUGACCAUUUUGCUAAAAGUGUUGCAGGACAGUUAAAAGCUAUGCCUUUGCUUUUGGCGCUGGAAGCUCAAAAACAUAUCCAAAACUAUUUGUCCGAUAUGCAGUAA